GCAACAUUAUCAGUAACGCCUGAGAACUGAAGUGGGGUGGGUGACGUCGCUCUCGGCUAACGCAAAGCUCAAGCUUGUUCUGCUCACCCUCAAAUCCACAGUAAAAUGUCCACAAGUUCUUUCGAUGCCUCUCUUUCCAUGAACCUAACGUGAAGCGCAAAUAAACUUAGGUCGACGCGGCGAUUCUCAAUCUUGAUCAAGAUAUUUUCUGAUGGCCAAGUGACUAAAGCGUAAGGAGUGCGAGACAAUGCAGUGCAAAGCGUGUGCGAUUCCUGAAGCGUAAACAUUUCUAAAGUGUGAAUUAUAUAUAAUCAGGGAUGGCGUGUCCGAUGUCGUGUUAUUGUGGCAUGGUUGUCAAGUGUGGUUGCAACUGCACCACCCGGAAAGAGAAUCAAACACCUAAGAACAAACGACUCGUGUACGUGCUUCUGCUGGGCGCCGCAGAAACUGGAAAAUCCACCAUGAUGCGCCAGAUGAAGAUCAUCCACGAUGGAGGUAUGUCGGCCAAUUCGCUGAGAUCUUACAAAAACCACGUGAUCAGGAACGUGCACAAUUGUUUGAAGAUGUUACUGAAGGCAGUGCGUGAUUCCGGAAUGCCUUGGGCAUCAGAUGACGCUUGUAGAGCUGCAGCGACCAUGACCGGCCUCAAUGCAAUAGCUUGGGGGCUUGACGAAGACGAGACGGUCGCGUCGAUGGCGUUAGUCCCUGCAGAUCAUUCGAAACUAGCCUCUAUUAUCUGGAACGACGAAACUGCCCAGGCAUGCUGGAACCGGGCGAAUGAGUUUAAUUUACCGGAUAGCACGGCCUAUUAUUUAAAUGAGAUAGAGAGGAUAACAGAGGAACCAUAUAUCCCCACCCAAGAAGAUGUUCUGAGGCUCCGGUUGCCAACCAAAGCUGUCGCCAUGUACGACUUCACCGACGAUGACAAUGGCUGGACCUUCCAAAUUACGGACGUCGGAGGUCAAAGAGGCGAGAGGAGACGUUGGAUAAGGUUAUUUGAUGGCAUACACGCUAUAAUCUUCUUAGCAGCGCUCAGUGAAUACGACCAAUACUGGAGCGAAGAGGAAGAAGACGGAGGUAUCAACCGACUCGAGUUGUCGCUGAAGCUUUUCCGAGAGACAGUAGAGUAUGACGGCUUCACCAAAGCCACUUUUAUUCUAUUUCUGAACAAAGUGGACAUUCUGCAACAGAAAAUAAACUCUUCUCAUUUGGACCGAUAUUUUCCCGAUUACUACGGCCCUAAAGGGGACUCGCAGAAGGCUAUCAAGUACAUUCGUGACCUCUUCUUGGACACCGCCGGGGCUUGCAAGAAGAGUGUGUACCCGCACGAGACCUGUGCUACUGACACAAACCGAACUCGGUUUAUCUUCACAGCUGUCAGGGAUCAUAUCCUGUGGACAAACAUGGCACGGUUCUUCGACCACAUCCCUUGACUCUCUUGCCUAUCAGUCGCGUCUGUGAUAACGUCUGAUCUUCUAUUUUUUAUCCAUUGCUGUACAUUCGAUACUUUAUUUUAAUUAAUGAUGUACUCUCGAACGUUUAUUUUAAUUCGUCGAUGUACUCUCGAUCGUUUAUUGGUGACGGUAAAGCGAUAAUCGAGGCAGUUCAAACUUUAUGUAUUUUUCUUGAAAUUGUGUUGUGAUUCGGUGAAAAAUAAGGAUAUGGUGUAAAAAUGAUGAAGAUAUGUUCUGUUUAAGUGGAUUCAUUUGUAUCAUUUUCGCGCAUAAGCGAUUUACGUUGUCAUCUUGUGUCCAUUAAGUUGACUGCAUUGCGUUAGGCCUUGCGUCAAGCCCUCAUAACAUGUCAGGUGUUUCCUGCGCAUAUUCCUUCUCCGGUUUCCUGAGCCUAUUUCAACCAAUGAUUUUAUUAAAUAUUUGAUUGCGAAAUGUUUGUAUUGAGCGAGUAAAACAGAUUUCAAUAUAUUUAUUUCGGCCGUCCAAAAUAUACGAAUUUAUAGGAACAGUUUCCUUUGACACUGUUAAUAAUACUUACACGCAUAUGACUCACUGCAAAUGUUGUCGUUUCUAUAGCUUUGCAACUUUUCGCUUUACUAUUAUGAUUCUUUUUUGGAUCAUUCGGUUACUCCAUGCGAGUUUUUCUCCUUUUGUUUUGUAAAACCUGUGAUGAUAUCCAGUUAGCACCGCUGUAUGCACAGUGGUGUCGCACUGAGAUGAAAAGGGCUACCCGAGGGUUCGAGCCUUGGGAAGCUCAGUUCAUUUCUCGGUGUCGAUGGAGGGCGGCGCUUGAUCGUCGCCAAAAGUGGUGUUUUCGGCAUGGUUUUGGGUUGGUGUCCCUAAACGCACCAUGGGUACAUGAUAACUGGGGGAUCUUGAGGUCCUAAGCUACGUGAGUUUAUUGUAUGAAAUCAAUUUAUUCUCAAUCAGAUUUACUCUCGAAGUUUUGUUUUCUUCACUCACAAUUUUUCUCUAAUUAUGACCAUGCAAGUACCUGCGCCAUAUGAUGUUCCUAAAUCUGAUAAUCCCUGUAAUCUUGUUAUUUUUAGUCAUUAAAUUUGUUAAAAAUAUU